GCCAGUCGAAGGGAGAGCUGCUGCCAGACCGCGUCAGCUGAGCAUCCGACGGCAGCUGUUGGCUUCGGUGUCCCGAUCGCUGACUUCAGGCGUUGCUACGACCCGGACGGCAAAAGUGCAGGAUGGCCCUGCGGUUGAAUGUAAAAUUCCUGUCAGGAGAGCAAUACUCCCUGGACACGCAUGCCAGCAAAACUGUCUGGGAUUUCAAAAUCCAAGUAGCCCAGAAGACAGGGUUGUCCCCAUAUCAGCAGAAGCUGGCCUGCCAGUCCAACGGCAACAUCAACCUUCAAGACAGCGACCAGCUCUCCAAAUUCGGGCUGAAAUCCGGGGACACCAUACUGUUGGUGGUCAAGAGCGAGGAGUCCAUCCCCAUCUUCCUGCAUAACGCCAGGGGCCAAACCAAAAGCUACCUCGUCAUGCCUUCGGAUUUGGUGAACCAGUUCAAAGCUCGAAUUCGGCAGCAGGAGAACAUCCAGGCUGAUCAGUUCUGGCUGACGUAUGAAGGGAAACCCCUGGAGGAUGACUACAAGCUGUCUCACUACAACAUCGCUCCCCACGGCACCGUCUACUUGAACUUCCGCCUCCGAGGGGGCUGCAAUUUGGGGGGUGGGCCAGCUUAGCAGACCUCUGGACCCCCCAGGCUGUUUCCUCUCUGCUUUUUUUGACUUGCUUCUAAGUUAGAUCACACUCUGUCCCCAUCUUCAGCAUGCCACCAGCCUUAUGGUCUAUGUCAGGGGUCAGCAACCUUUUUCAGCCAUGGGCUGGUCCAUCGUCCCUCUGACCAUGUGGUGGGCUGAACUAUAUUUUUUUUGGGGGGG